AUGACGAGCCGGAUGGCAGGCUCGAGAUCGCCACCACCGAAGUCGUUGACACCGGAGGAGCCGAGAUCAUUGAUCGCGCGUCGUUUGCACAUACGAGAACUGCUCGAAGAGGAAGCUGAAGGAUGUUUCGGGAGGAAAGAUCAAUACUUGGCGUGGCGGACCAAUGGGUAUAGACGCGGAGGUAAAAAGAAAAAGAACCGGGAAAGGAAUGAAAAACGUACCAACCUGUUUUCCUUGCUUUCAGGGAUCCUCGGCGAUUGUCCUGCGGUGCGGCCACCGCAGUGGGGAACCGUCCGGGAGAGCGUUCUCGAGGACGGUACUCUGCAGAUUGUGUUCUCGUGCGAGGCCGGCCGUAUGCUGAGGGGUCGCAAGAUAGCGACUUGUACCGCUGACGGUUGGGAUCGACCCGUCCCGAAAUGCGUGCCCAAUAUUAUAACGCAACGUUUCCGUCAUGAACUUUACGUCGGCGAUGAACCAAUCGCUCCGGACAGGAGCAAGGUACAAAUCGCGAGGGAUCGUCUUAAGGCGCUAGAGAGGAUAGACGAUUUAAAAAAGCAGAGAAAAACAAAGGAGGGCAAGAAGAGGAAAAAGAAAAGGAAGAGGCCGGUGAAAUCCUCGUCAAGACUACCUACGGCAACAAGAUUAAAUGAAACCGUAGUGUCCCAACUAGACAUCAGCUGUGCUGCGAAGAAAAUCCUCAGAAAGGGACUCAUCAAGGCCCCUUCGAUCGAGCAUGCUCGACCCGCCAAAUACGCCAGAAGAAAGAACAUACUGCCGCCGUACAAUCGAUAUCUGGUUGCGGUUUACGAGUGCGCGGAUGGUUACGUCUUCGUGGAUUCGACGACGGACAGGCUUUUUUGCAGUAACGGCACCUGGCUGGGACGUCGUCCGAGAUGCGUGAGGGACAAUCAAACCCCAACGGAUAAGGUGAAACGCUGCGAUCAGGGAACGGGCGAAUGCGAACACGUGUGUGAGGAUACGCCAAGCGGCAUAAAGUGCUCCUGCUUCGACGGCUUUCGAGCUAAAGGACCGUCCUGUAUCGACGUCGACGAGUGUGCGGAAGGUACAGCAAAAUGCACCGAUAUUUGUCGCAACGAACCCGGCUCGUACUCUUGCGAGUGUCAUCGUGGUUUUCAGCUGGGAACCGAUGGCCGUUCCUGCCAAGAUAUCAAUGAAUGCUUCUCGAACAAUGGGCAUGGUCCUUGCCAAGGUACUUGUCGCAAUCUCGAAGGAAGCUACGAGUGCAGUUGCGCGGAUAUCCCCGGGUACAAAUUAGCUGCCGACAAUCACACUUGCGAAGACAUCGACGAGUGCGCGUUGAACAACGCGAAUUGUUCUCACCUGUGUUUAAACACGCCCGGGAGCGUCUUCUGCCUCUGCUCGGAUGGUUUUUAUCUGACGAACGAUUGGAAAACCUGUCAGGAUGUUAACGAAUGCGAGGUGACUCCGGAGAUAUGCGCGGAGAACACCGAAUGCGAGAACACAGUGGGAUCGUACAAGUGCACGAGUAGAAUACAUCCUUACGUGGUAACGAAGAUUCUUCGAGAAGAGGACUACGAUGAUGACGAAUACGAGAACAGUGAGAAUUAUGAUUAUGAAGAAGAGAUUACUAAACUGCCGCAGAGCUCGCAGUGCGAAAGUGGCUUUAAGACGAAUGAAAAUUUAGAAUGCGUUGAUAUAAAAGAGUGCGUUAAGAACGAAACGCACCGCUGCCAGCACGAGUGCGUAAAGGAGCCGGGCGGCUAUCAUUGCGCUUGUCGGGCUGGUUACGUGCUCGCGGAAGACGGGGCGACGUGCGAGGACGUGGACGAGUGUGACGUAUCACCCAUGCCGUGUUCGCACAUCUGUCGCAACACCGCCGGAGCGUACGUGUGCGAGUGUUUCUCGGGGUUCAUGCUGACGGACGACAACGUAACUUGCGCCGAGGACCUCAGGACUUGCUUCAGCCGGCGCCUGUCGAAACCCUGUUCCCACACCUGCGAGGACACCGCGGAGGGAUCGCGAUGCGUCUGCCCGACUGGAUACGAACUGUCGGACGACCGCGCGACCUGCACGGACGUCGACGAGUGCACCCGGGAGACCCCGUGUUCGCAUUCGUGCGUUAAUCUGAACGGCAGUUUCGUCUGCACGUGUCCGAACGGCCUGGAGAUCCUCGAGCGCGCGAGCAAAUUCAACUGCACCGACGUGGACGAGUGUGGCGGGGACGACCACGGCUGCCAGCACCGAUGCGUGAAUCUCCACGGCGGAUACGAAUGCGUCUGUCAUUCGGGAUUCGCCCUGGACGUCGACGGCAGAUCCUGCGCCGACGUGGACGAGUGCGCGGGAGGAUCGCACGGGUGCUCGCACGAGUGCGAGAACGAGGCGGGUGCUUACAAGUGCGGGUGUCCUGGCGACAUGUCCCUGGACGAUACCGGCAGAAGCUGCGUACCGUCCGACGUGUGCGGAACCGCGAAUUGCGGUCACGCCUGCGAGAAGGAGCGGGACACCUACAGGUGCGUCUGCCGAGAGGGAUACGUCUUGCAACAGGACGGGAAAACCUGCCUGGAUGUGGACGAGUGUCUCGAGGACGAGCACGAUUGUUCGCACGAGUGCGUCAACGCCGUCGGAAGUUACAGAUGCGCUUGUCCACGGAAUAUGAAGCUUCUCGUGGACGGUCUCACUUGCGGGGAUCCGGCGUGUCCUUCGGGACUUCGACAGAACGAGGGCGGUCAGUGUCGGGACGUCGACGAGUGUCUCGAGGGCGAAUACGAGUGUUCGCAUUUGUGCUACAACGUGUACGGGUCUUAUCAAUGCUCGUGUCCCUCCGGCUGGGUCCUGGAGGACGACGGUUUCACUUGCGCGAGAAGCGAUCCCUGCGCCAAUUCCUCGUGCUCGCAUUCGUGCGUUCCGUCAGACGUGGGUUAUAAAUGCGAGUGUCCUGCGGGGUAUCUUCUCGACGGGGACACGUGCAAGGAUAGGAACGAGUGCGAGGACCAGGCGACGAACGGCUGCAGUCACGACUGCAGAAACCAUGAAGGUUCCUAUUCGUGCCUCUGCCCGGUGGGAAUGGAGCUUGAAGAGGAUAAUCGCACGUGCGCAGUGAUCCCAGAAGACGAAUGCGCGUCAUCUCAAGGGAAUAAUAACUGUACCUGUCCUGCGGGAUACGCUUACUCACGUGAAGAGCGUAUUUGCGAGGACACUGACGAGUGCCAGGAUAAACAGACGCACAAUUGUUCCCACGAAUGUAUUAACACCGACGGCUCUUACCACUGCGAGUGUCCUUCCGGUUGGCGACUGCGAGAGGACUCUAGGACCUGCCAGGAGUUGCUCGAUGAUCCUUGCUCCAAGGAUCACGGUUGCUCACACACGUGCGAACGGGAUGGUGACAGCGUUCGUUGCGGUUGUCCGGAAGGACACGAGAUACUGGAUGAUGGGAGGACUUGUCGAGAUGUGGACGAGUGUUCCGAAGGCUCCCAUGCGUGCAGUCACGUAUGCAUAAACGUCGAAGGUGCUUACCGUUGUCGGUGUCCCUCGGGAUUUUGGUUGGAGGACGAUCACAGAACCUGUCGAUAUGUCGACGAGUGUUCGUCCGAAGAGGCCGACUGCUCUCACGGAUGUUUCAAUACGAACGGCACUUACAACUGCACCUGUCCUAAAGGAUAUGAGCUACAAGAUGACGAUAAAACGUGCGAGGUCGUGGACUGGUGCACCGCCUCGAACAAUCCUUGUUCGCACAGUUGCACAAAUCAUAACGAUACUUACGCGUGCUCGUGUCCCGCGGGAUAUCAAAUCGGCGAUGAUGGCAGGAUCUGCGAGGACGUUAACGAGUGUGUUCGAGACAACGGAGGAUGCUCGCAUCUUUGUGCGAACACGGAGGGUAGCGUCGAGUGCGCGUGUCCUGAAAAUUACGAGCUGUUGAAGGACGACGGCAAGACGUGCGUAGAGAUAAACGCGUGUUCCAUCGAUAACGGGGGCUGUUCGCACUUCUGUCAUCACGAGGACGACCGGUUAUUCUGCUCCUGUCCGCCUGGAAUGGCACUGUCCGAGGAAACGCUGUGUACGUAUGAAAACGAUUGUCUGCAGGACAACGGUGGCUGUUCUCAUUUGUGUUACCAUGAAGCCGGCAAUGUGACCUGCGCCUGUCCACCCGGUAUGAUUCUAGCGGAGGAUCAAAGACUCUGCGUGCAAGAAGACGGGUGCGCGAUCGAGAAUGGCGGUUGCUCUCAUUUCUGCCACGAUCAUGACGGUAACGUGACGUGCUCGUGUCCCGUAGGAAUGUCCUUGGCUCAGGACGACGACACUCUUUGUAUUCGUGAGAACGGGUGUCUCGUUAAUAACGGCGAGUGCUCGGAUACCUGUACUUUCGCGAACGGUUCGAUCGUCUGCGAGUGUCCCGCGGGCUACCGUCUAUCACCGCGGGACAACGCUACCUGCGCGGACAUCGACGAGUGCCUGGAGCUGUUGGACAACUGCACCCAUCAAUGUCUGAACGUUCUCGGCGGCUUCGAUUGCAGCUGCAACGCCGGCUUCUCGCAGAAUCCUCAAGAUCCGACCCUGUGCGACGACGUCGACGAAUGUCAACUCGAGAACGCAGGAUGCUCGCACUCCUGCGUGAACCUAGUCGGCACUUUCAGGUGUCAGUGUCCAAUGGGAUACGUUUUAGAACAAAACAACAAGACCUGCGUUUUGGUGGAUGGUUGCAGAAACGGUAACGGGAACUGCUCCCAUCAUUGCCAUCCGGUGGAGGGUCCCGAUGGUAUUCCGAGCACUCGUUGCUCCUGUCCGCUCGGCUACCGCCUGAGGCGCGAUCUUAAGACCUGCGAGGACAUUAACGAGUGCGAGGAAUUUGAGAACGACGUGGAAUCGCCGGGCUGUUCUCACAUCUGCGCGAAUACCGAGGGCGGUUAUGACUGCGAGUGUCCACUCGGCUACAUUCUGAUGCCGGACGACCGGAAGAAGUGCGUGGACGUGGACGAGUGUCUGACCGGCCAUCACAAUUGCACGCAUGACUGCGUGAACUUGCUAGGCGGUUACACGUGCACUUGCUACAAAGGACAUUAUUUGCACCCCGACAAUUUCACCUGCCUGGAUAUCGACGAGUGUCUCGAGCGAAAUGGCGAGUGCUCGCAUAAUUGCACCAACACCAUCGGCGGCCACUCUUGCUCCUGUCCGACCGGCUACGAGCUGUCGCAGGACGAGAAGACUUGCGUCGAUAUCGAUGAGUGCGCGAGCGACAACGGCGGUUGUGAUCACGAGUGUGUUAACACUCCGGGCUUCUUCCGCUGUGAAUGUCCACCGAAUCAUGAAUCGUGGAACGGAUCCUGCCGACUGUUCGAUCCAUGCCGAGACCGUAAUGGUGGCUGCGAGCAGAUUUGCGCAGCGGUGAACGGUACCGUGAUAUGUUCGUGCGAGAAAGGCUUCCAAAAGGACGAGAUCGAUGGUUUCAAAUGUCGUGAUAUUGACGAGUGCGAAGACCAGCACGGCUGCGAUCAAAUUUGCGUCAACAAUCUUGGCUCGUACGAGUGCAAAUGUAAGGAGGGAUUCCAAAAAAUGCUCAAUUCUACUUGUGAAGACGUCGACGAAUGCGCAGCCGGUAUUUGCAAGGGCAACAAAUGCAUCAACGUGCCGGGCAGCUAUCGUUGCGAGUGCGAGGCGGGAUAUCGAUUCCACGGUGAUACCUGUGUAGACGUCGACGAAUGCUUGGAAGAGGCACCCUGCAGUGAGAGAUGCGUCAACACACCCGGCUCGUACUACUGCACGUGCCCCGCCGGAUUUCAAUUGGAAGGGGACAAAUGCGUAGAUAUUGAUGAAUGCGAAUGGCGUCGCGGCAGAUGCGAUCAAGAGUGCAUCAAUACCGUAGGAUCAUUUGCUUGCGCCUGUCGCGCCGGAUAUACCAGGAGUCAAUGUCAAGACGCGAACGAGUGUCUAAACCGGAACGGAGGUUGCACUGGCGAGUGCAUCAACACCGCGGGAAGUUACUAUUGCGCCUGCAGUGAGGAUCUGGUGUUGGCGCCCGACGAGAGAACUUGUGUCUCGCCAACGUCGAGAUGCCGUGCCAUGGAGCCACCCAUACACGGAGAGAUAAGAUGUCCAGGACAUCCUUCCGGCGCAUCCGUCUAUCCCCAGGGCGCCAAGUGUCAUGUCCGAUGUCGUAGAGGUUUCCGGCUUGAAGGGGCGCACACGAGACACUGCGUUAGCGACGGUCGUUGGAACGGGAAGGAGCCUAUAUGUCUGCGCGAAGUCGCAACAGACCCUCUUUACAAUCCAAACACGCCACGGCCGUUCGUGAGCUGCCCCCAGGACAUGGACGUCGAAUUACCGGCUAGGCAAAACACGAUACGUGUAACUUUCCCGCAACCAAAGUCCAACAUGGAUUGGUGGAGAUACGUACACGCUUCACCUCCCUGGGCAAAGCAAUUGCAAGCGGAUCUGCCGGCGGGCACGACGGUCGUUACCUUCACGGCAUGGUCGCCGGUCUCUAAUUACACCAGCACCUGUAGGAUCGUGAUAAGAGUUCGCGAUACCGAAAAUCCCAAGGUUACUAUGUGUCCCGUGUCCUUCGAGGUCAGAUUAAGCCCGGGGGAGCGAAGUCGUCUGAUAUUCUGGCAAGAACCGACCUUCACCGAUAACGUCGGCGUGGAACACGUUUAUAAAACGAGGGGACCUGGACACGUGAUGUAUCCUGGCAUUCACAAUGUGCGCUACGUCGCCUCGGAUGCAGCCGGAAAUCGAGCCGAAUGCCAUUUCUCGAUACACGUGAGAGAAUCCACGGACGUUCUCGACUCUGAGCCGAGAUUCCACAGAAGAAGGAUGCUGAUGUGCCCUGGCAGACCGCCCCAGCCCGUGCCCAGCUCCUCAUACGAGUGGCAAAUACCGAGCGGUUGUUACUUAAGAUACACCAGAAUCUUCUCGGGAGCUUAUCAGCGACAUCCGGAGCAUCGACGGAAUGGUUACCCGGACCCUGAGGCCCCUUAUCGCGAGCUUCCGCCGCCUACCCGGCAGACUCCGAAUCGCCCGGACAACGCCGGGACGUACAAUACCGACAAUUAUCGACAUUCGGGCCGACAACAAUACCACCCCCUCCGGCAGAAAUGGGAGCAGCAGCUGCAGCAGCGGCAAUAUCGGCAACGCGCCACGAGGACCGAUCACGUAGUUUCGCUACCGACUCAUUACGGCGCGGGCCGCGUCGAGACUAGAAUAUUGCCGCCUCGGCAUGAAUGCUGCACGUAAGGGCUCGUGAACGACAUGUAAUAGGCGAACGUAAGUUAACUCCGCCAGUCCCCGAGGAAAGGCUGUCGUGUAAAUCGGCACCUGCGAGCGCCUGCGUGUACUCACAACUGGUGUGUAUGAAGAUCGAUUGCUGUAAUUAACUCCGCGAGAGCGUAGCCUAAAAGAAAAUGAUGUAAUACGGCACUUUGUAACCCGCGGCACUGGUAUUUUCGUUUCGUAAGCGGUGGUGUACUUUAUCUUUCUUUGCACGAUUUUUCAAUAAAGGAUAUAUGAACCUAUUAAUAUGAUUGUAGCAUACGUUCGCGGAAUCGUCACAUUUU